CUAACACAUACACCUCUGCCGUGUGAACUCGACAUCCUAAGAGUGGUAGAGACUAUACUACUCAUUUGAAACCUAUCACAAAUGCGGGACACACUCAUCCUGGGCAGCAUGCGGGCAGUCAAGGCGCGCGGUCCAGAUGACAUCUUCGUCGACCCUGAAGCGCCCGUGCCCACGGUGCCGCACACCAUAGGGUGCGAUGUCGCCGGCCGGGUGGCAGCGUGCGGCGAGCAGGUCGGCCAGGACUUACACAACCCCGGGGACCGCGUCGCCGGCCUCUGCUACGGCAUGAAGCCGGGUGACCCCACGAGCGGCGCCUUCGGUGAGUACGCGCUGCUCGAGCACACGCUCUCGCUGCGCAUCCCGAACCACGUCAGCGACGCCGAGGCAGCUACUCUCCCCGGCGCCAGCUUCCAGAUCUGCGCCGACGCCCUCACUUCACGCCCCGGCGUCGCGAGCUACACUGCUACCCUGCCCGUCGGCGAUAAGUUCCCUAGGCACGACGUACAGCAUGGGUGGACUUCGGGGUACAUCGGUGGGUUAUUCUCCUUACACCAGGUCGUAUCGGAGUGA